UUGAGGCAGUAGUUGGCCUAUCCGUUGUGUAGCUAGAUCAAGAUGAGCUUCUUCGUCAACUCUACACUCUGCAACAGAACCAUCGACAUCUAUGUCCAAAACCUGACGUCCUUGUACACCCACGGGAGAAAUGACACAACCAUGGUGGCCACGUCCGUCUUCAUGUUCAUCCUCGCGGUGCUCUUCUUCAACCUCAAUCUCUUCAGCCGGCUAUAUGACAUCAGCUCCACCCUCAACCCCAGCAUCCGAUUCGUCCUCUCCUUGGCGCUCUCCCUCUUCGUCCCUGCCAUGUCCUACCUCUUCUCGGAGGCCAAGAACCAAGACGGACCCACGUCUGGUUCCGGCCAGUCGACGGAGGAGCUCCCGCUUCAAGCGCGGAUGAUCCUGAUGUGGAUGCUUCUCGUGGAGCUACUACGCAAGAAGGUGGAGGCAAUCCUACGCAUGCCGGAGUACUCGAGCAUCUUCGAGCGUGCCGCCCGCUCCAUCUGGCUGGGCAUGCUCGUGAACGUCAACGUCCAUGGCGCUGGGCGGAAGACGACGUACGGCAUUGUGUGGGCCCUCGGCGCCGCCAAGUUGGUGCAGAGGGUCGUCAUCUCCGAGAUCGGGAGGCGAUCAUUUGCCUACGGCAAGAAUGCGGAGCUUCUCACAUCCUACAUGGGCCAGCUGCUGCAAGGAAGAGAAAGAGAAACACAAGGUCCGAGUGGGUCGAAGCUCCUCGAGGAGUGCAAGUUUGUGGUGAUGGGAGAAGAGAACCUGGUGAAGGAAGAAGAGCAAAGAAAGUACCACCUCCAACUCAACGAGGCGACGGUCACAGCUGACGGCUAUUCCGCCGUCGUCACGGUCGGUGAAGUCUGGAAGCUGAAGGACCUCCAAGAAGAUGCCAAGAGGCUGUGUCUCUCCUUGGCGCUGUUCAAGCUACUCCGCCCAAGGUUGGAGGGGUGGCCCAUCUCGGACCUGGAAACCCGCGAGUGCAGGCGCCUCAUCUUUGAGGGCCUCUGCAUCUGCGGCGAGGUCGAGGGCGAGGUCGAGGUCGAGGGCGAGGUCGAGGUCGAGGCUGGGGAGGGCGAGGUCGAGGUCGAGGUCGAGGUCGAGGGCGAGGUCGAGGGUGAGGUCGAGGUCGAGGUCGAGGCUGGGGAAGCCAAGGCGGCUGCUCUGUUCCAACUGCUCGAGGACGAGAUGCAGUUCCUCUCCGAGUACUACCACUCUGUGCACCCCGUCGUGUUCGCCAGCCGCUUCUUCUUUCUCGCCAACUACAUCCUGUACCCGAUUACAGUCUGGGGCUUUUGUGCCCUAACCUUCGUCCUCUCCAACAACGGCGAUAUGGCUUACGCCCGCCGCAGCAUCACGGGCGACAACUACACCAUGUCGGUGGGUUUGCUGAGGGUGGCGGGGUGCCUCCUGAGCAGAAUUACCAAGCACGUCCCGGCGCUCUUCGCCACCAUCCAGGUGGCCAUCACCAUCCUGCUGGCGGUAUGCUUCAUCUACGAGGAGGUCUGGGAGUUCCUCGUCUUCGUCUUCUCCAAAUGGCUCACCGUGUCGCUCAUCUGCGACUACACCGUCAAGCUCCGCCGUCCACGCACCAGCCCCAUUUUGAGAGGCGUCAUUCAGCACAUCAUGUCGGUGCGUAGCAUUAACCGCAUGAUGAGCCACCCCAGCCUCCGCGUGAAGCACUUCUCGGUCAUGCGCAUGUGGUUCUUCCGGCUCCGGGUGCCCAACAAGGCUGUGCCCGAGGAAGCCAAGAAAUCCAUCAUGGAAUAUUUGCUGAGACACGUCCGCGAGAGCCGCCCGCUCAGCAACGGCUUGUCUGCACUGGCAGAGCAUCGGCCCGACCUCUCGUGGGCGUGCGACAGCGAGAGCGUCGCAGAGGUCAUCCUUACAUGGCACAUAGCCACCACACUCUUGGAGUCCAAGCACCCAAAGAAGAAGAAAAUACCAUUACCGGCUAACCGUGUGGUAGCGACUGCCUUGUCGGGGUACUGCGCGUACCUGGUGGCCCAGCAUCCUGAGCUCCUCCCAGACGACAAGCCCGGGACGGAGCGGGUGUACAAGGCCAUGAAGAAGGACCUUAAGGUCGCGCUAGGGGGGUGCUGGUGGUACCACUUUUCGCCCGAGCGCGCUCGGUGCAACAGGGUGCUGCUGGCCGCCGGUGACAUGGACCUAGACCAUGCCACCACGGCCAUGACGGUGGUCCAAAAGGGAGCGCUGCUAGGGAAAAGGCUCAACAACAAACGCAGGGAGGAAGAGACCAACGACCACGAGGCAACCAUGUGGAAGCUACUGGCCGACCUGUGGACAGAACUCAUGGUGUACGUGGCGCCGCCGAGUGGCGAGGCACACCUGAAGGCGCACAAGGAGGCGCUGGCCCGGGGCAGCGAGUUCGUGACCGUGCUCUGUGCGCUAACCAUGCACAGUGGCAUAACUAGGCCGGCCAUCAAGCCAUGGGAGAGCGUCCCAGUAGAGCAUGCUGACGAUCAUGCAGUGUAGUUCUCCAUAUCGGUCGCUCUCUGCAUAUGUGUGCUGAAUGGGAGCACCUAGAUAUACCUCAGUUGCCUCAUUUUCCAUUUUUGGUAUGCAUCGGUCACUUUUCGUUUAAUCCAUCAGAUUCAAAUCUAA